AUACUUUCACGCUCUCAACUAAAUCAAUUAUACAAUUUAGCAAUAUGCCUUCUUCCACUGAUAUUAGUAUGUGUCUUAUUUCUCUUUUUGCCUUCACUUUCUUCCUCCAAGCACCAGCUGAAGUUGCAGCUGACCCACUCGGCUAUUCAUGCAUAAACCCUCAAAACUUUACGACUGGAACUCCCUAUGAACUCAACCUCAACAAACUCACAGGCCUUCUCGACUACCUAACACAACCCUCAGGCUAUGCUCAAGCUUCCGUAGGCCAGGCAUACGGGCUUGGUUUAUGUCGAGGGGAUGUGUCUUCAUUUGACUGUCUGACUUGCAUCACGGAAGCUGGUAUUGAGGCCCGCAAACUUUGUUCAGGAAACAAAGGGGCUGUUAUAUGGUACGACUAUUGCAUGUUCAAAUACCUCGAUCAAAAUUUCUUUGGUCAGAUCGACAAUGGUGUUGCAAUUUUUCUUUUGAAUGUCAACAAUGCAACUAAUAAUCAGACGCUGUUUAAGCAGAGAAACAGUGAGUUAUUGGAUAAGUUAUCAGAAGAGGCUUCUAUUAGUUCAAAACAUUACGCAAGAGGGGAGAUAGUCGUUGAUGUGAAUACUACAAUUUACGGUUUAGCUCAAUGUACAAGAGAUCUGUCAAGCUAUGACUGUAAGAAGUGCCUGGAUGGCCAAAUUUAUAGCGAUUUACCCCUGGAAAGGAUAGGUGGGAGAGUUCUUGGUGGAAGUUGUAAUGUAGGGUUUGAGGUGUACCCGUUUUUGAAGCUCUGAAGGCUUCAAAAAGGAUUUCAAGAAAAUCAGGAUCUCUGUUAUUAUUAUCAUUUUCUUUUAUAGUAUGAAUAUGUUAUCUUUACACAUUACAACAGAAUCUUGGAGAAUAAUGAGAAGUUUUUACUGUCGGGGCCUGAAUUUAAGAAUAUUUGACCAUCAAUUUAGCACUCUUGAAUUCUUGAUGGUGAUAGUACUUGUAAUUUUAUCUCAUUCUGGAUUUGAUUUAAUUUAUUAUCUGUUUGCUUUUUUGUUUAUACAAAAACAGUGU